AGUCAGUCAACGCUGCAUUUCGCCGAGCCUCCAGCCAAGAAGGCCGAGUGAGCAGCAACCUAUUGCGCCGUCCUCUUCUUUGGCCUGCUUUGGCUCGGUCGCAUCAAAGAGCAUGCAUAUCACCCAAACGCCAAUUUGCUCAUCCUCUCCCAGCUACCAUCAUCCUCAUUUCUUCUUCCCACAAAACCGUGCUUCUUUUUUCUUCGCUGGCGAAAAUGUCUUACCCGCCCCCUCAGGGCUCGCAGCCGUACGCCCAAGGUUACCCACCUCAAGGCGGCUACCAAGACAACUACCAAGCUCAAUCGGCCUUGCCCGGAGGAGCGAAUGAUCAUCAAGCCGACUACAAGACCGGUCCUCAAGGCGGUCAACUGGGAGGAUUCGCAGUCGCAGCUCCCCCACCUCAGCCCAAGUUCAAAUUCAAAGAUCCCGUCUUUGCUGUGCUAUGGAUCCUCGUCUUUGGUGGGUUCGUUGCCGUAUCCGUCAUAUCCCUGAGAGGCUACGUUUCUGCAGGCGCUACUGCACGGCUGGACAGUGGUGGACCGAACAACUUCUUGGAGGCCAACACGCUCAAUGGCGAGACGGCUAGCUUGCUCACCCUCAGCUGCGGAGUCGCACUUCUGUUCAGCAUCCUCUAUCUGCUCGCUGUCAGAUACUUUACUCGAUUCAUCUUGGAAGCUACUCUGCUCAUCAACACCCUCGCAACAGUCGCGUACUGCGUGUUCCUCUGGGUCAAGGGUCAGACCACUGGUGCCAUCAUCUUUACCAUCUUUGCGGUGCUUUCGGUCAUUGCCUAUUGGUUCAUGCGCAAGAAGAUUCCCCUGGCAAAGCUGCUCCUUCGCGCAGUUCUUAGCGCUUCAAAUACCUACAAGGCCACUUAUGUGGCCGCUCUGCUGGGUACACUGGUCCAAGCCGCAUUCAGCGUGUGGACAGCCUGGACGCUGGUGGCUAUAUAUGUCAGAUUCAGCGGUAGCGGAGGCACGGGAGGCAGUCGUGGCAGUGGCGCCACCACCGGACUGGUCGUGUUGACCAUCUUCAACUGGUAUUGGACUUCGGAGCUCAUCAAGGCAAUUGCUUUCACCACCACUGCUGGAACGUUUGGUGUGUGGUAUUAUUCCAAUGAUUCCAAGAAAGUCCCUCAUGCCACUCUUUCAAGCUUCAAGAGGGCAUCUACAUGGUCUCUUGGCAGUCUCGCCUUUGGAAGUCUCGUCCUCGCGAUCCUCGACAUCAUCCGAGCUCUGAUCAACAUCCUCUCUCAACAAGCAGCUCAAGAUGGCGAUAUGAUUGGGGUCGUGGUGGGCUGCAUUGCAUCCUGCCUGAUAGCCACGAUUGACUGGCUCAUCGAGUUUUUCAACAGGCUGGCUUACGUCAACAUUGCUCUGUACGGCAAUGGAUACAUCGGAGCUGCCAAGGAGACAUGGAGGCUCGUCAAGCAGAAGGGCGUGGAUGCGCUCAUCCAGGACUCGUUGGUCAAUACGGUGUUCGGCAUCGGAAGCUUUGUCAUUGCUAUUCUGUGCGGCAUCACAGUGUAUGCCUAUUUGACCGUCGUCAACCCCACCUACGUGCGAAACGACAGCAACUACUUUAGCGUCGUCAUUCUAUACGCCAUCCUGCUCGGCUUCCAAAUCGCACUCAGUAUGGGGUCAAGCAUCAAUUCCGGAGUGCUGACACUCUUUGUAGGACUGGCCGAAGACCCUCAUGUCCUGGCUCAACGAGACCCCGAGCUGUUCGAAGCCAUCCGCCAACAAUACCCCCAGGUCGUCAACGCCGUUGCAUGAUGCUCCACAUUGCUACGCACCUGCAUGCUUUAUCGAAGGCCGCAACAUUCUUAUCGAAUACCCCCAUGGAACUGCCCAACACUCGACGCAUCGUCAAACAGCCGUGUGCGGUCACGCAAGGCUCUCUCUUCACUUGCGUCGGCCAAGCUUCCGCACGUGGAUAAUACAAACUGCCCCAGACGUUCGCGCAUUUCGGCACGGGCGCGAUGAUGAGUUACAUUUAAUUGCUUUGCUUUUACUACUGCUGCUACUAGUACUGCCACUA